AUGUCUCUAGGUGGCAGUGUCAGUGCAACUCCGCGCACGGUGUACCAAUUCAUUGCGAUUUACCGGUAUACUUCUAGAUACUGGGGCCAGAACUCGUACGGUGCCACGCACAGUGACACCGCGAACUGGCAGAAGACCCUUUCGACGUACUGCCAGGAUGAUUCCAUCGAUGCCUUCCCCGUUGCCUUCCUGAACGUUUAUUUUGGCGCCGGCGGUCUGCCUUCCAUGGACCUCGCCAAUAUAUGCAACAUGAACGACGAUGCCGUGUUCCCGGGCACGACCAUGCCUGACUGCAGCUUCCUGGCCUCGGACAUCGAAUUCUGCCAGUCCAAGGGCAAGAUCGUGACACUUUCGCUCGGCGGAGCCACCGGCGCCGCUGGAUUCACGUCCGACCAGCAAGCCUCCAACUUCGGAGACACCAUUUGGAACCUCUACCUUGGUGGUUCCAGCUCCACACGACCCUUCGGAACUGCCGUCCUCGACGGUAUCGACUUGGACAUCGAGGGUGGUUCGACUCAGUACUACGCGUCCUUUGUGAACCGGAUUCGCACUCUUGCUGCCGGAGCCUCGAAGAAAUACUACGUCACUGCGGCCCCGCAAUGUCCGUUCCCGGAUGCCUAUCUAUCCACGGUUCUGAACGCGGUCGCCUUUGAUGCCGUCUACGUCCAGUUCUAUAACAACUACUGCGCCUUGAGCAACUAUCCGAACAACUUCGACUUCGGUGACUGGGACAACUGGGCGAAGACUGUGGCCAUCAGCAAGGAUGUGAAGAUCUACAUCGGCGCUGCAGCGUCGUCCACUGCUGCCGGCUCUGGCUACGCCGACAUUACCACCGUCAUCAAUGCCGCCCUCGCCAUCCGCGACCAAUACUCGUCCUUCGGUGGUAUCAUGCUUUGGGACGCUUCUCAGGCCUAUGCGAACAACCGCGCAGAUAAACAGAUCAAGAACGGUAUUCGCCAGAGUGGCAACGGCGGCACUACCUCGAAUCCAGUGACUGUCCCCACCACCGGUACCACCACCUCCACCACGGUGAAAACCACUACUACCACCACCACCCCGCACACUACGACCACGACCACGUCUACUCCAGUCACCACCACCACUACCGCUUCCUCCGGAAACUGUGCGGGCGUCGCCUCUUGGGUCGCCAACGUCGCCUACAACGGCGGCGACCAGGUCGUCUACGCUGGCCACCUCUGGACCGCCAAGUGGUGGAGCUACGGCUCGACCCCGGGCGGCGCCGUCGGCGACUGGGCCGACGACGGCGCCUGCGCGAGCUUCGCCGCCGCGGUCCCCACCGAGCACGCCGCCGCGAUCACCGCGCAGUCCAAGGAGCCCGCGCCGGCCGCGUCGACGACUUCCUCUUCGCUCUGCCUCGCGGGCCCGUCAGCCGCCGCGGCCGGCCCGCUCAAGUGCAGGGUCGUGCGGUCGACGGAGGCCGAGCAAUUGCAGUCGCGCUGGAGCUUCGCACGCUUCUUUGGGUGA